AUGCAUAAAAAAGAAACUCACGGGAGGCAUGAAGAGAACACUGAGGGAUUAAAAGAACUUCUAUACAAGUGUCUGAAGGGAAGAAAAUAUCUAAUUGUGAUGGAUGACGUGUGGGAUGACGAGAUUUUGGAUGAAUUACGACGAUCAUUUCCGAAUGACGAGAAUAGAAGCCGAAUCAUGCUGACUACUAGGCUUGAACAAGUUGGACUUCAUUGUCCCAGAUCUUAUCUUCAUCGUGUGCAUUUUCUAAACGAGGAUGAAAGUUGCAGUUUAUUUUGUGAGAAAGUGUUUGGAGAAAAUAGUUUCCCCCCUGAAUUAGAAAUUGUUGGGAAGAAAAUUUGCAGAAAUUGUCGAGGAAUUCCACUCUCAAUUGUUGUGAUUGCGAGGCUUCUUUCAAAGGCCACCAAAACACAUCAUGAAUGGGAAAAGAUUGCUGAAAACAUGAGUUUCGUAAUAACUUCAAAUGAUGAGCAGUGCUCAAAAAUAUUGGACUUAAGUUAUAACAAUUUGCCUCAUCAUUUGAAAGGUUGUUAUCUCUACAUGGGAAUUUUCCCAGAAGAUUCUGACAUCCCUGUCUCCUUACUUUUCAAGUUAUGGAUUGCCGAGGGAUUUGUGAAGUUCAUGGGAUCUAAAACUAUUGAAGAUGCGGCAGAAGAAUACUUAUUGGAUCUUGUACAAAGAAGUCUUGUUAUGGUUUCUGAGGAGAGCUCCAGAGGUAAAAUAAAAGCAUGCAAGCUUCAUGCUCUUUUAAGGAACUUAUGCACAAAUGAAGCUAGAAGAGGAAACUUUUUUCAUGUCAGCAGCCAUGGAACUCCGUUAGACGUUAGAUGUUUACGCCGUACAAUUAUUCAAGGAAAAAGCGAUGGAAGUGGUCACCGGGUAAGAAUCCAUCCAGACAAAAGCUUCCUUCCCCGUGUUAAAAGACCAUCUACUCCAUUACCACGGUCGAUUAUAUAUUUUGAUCGGCAUCUUGUCACAAAAUUUGUUUACUUUCGGCUACUCAAAGUAUUGUAUAUCCACUAUAAUAUGUUCGAUUUGCCAAAAGAAAUAAUGGAACUAGUGAACUUGCGGUGCAUUGAUGCCAGAUGUGAUGAGGGAUGGUUAAACUAUCUUUUAGCAUUCAAUUUAAUUAAUGUAAUAUCAAUGAAACCCUAG